AUGGCCGCGCCGGUAGAUCCAGCGACGAGAAAGAAGGUGUUGAGAGUGGUGUUCUUCUCGCUGUUAUUAGAUUUGGUGCGAUCGCAAACUGACACGCUCUCGGGCAGAUUCACAUUCAUAUUGCCUCUAUUUCCAAAGCUGCUGGAAUUCUAUAGGAAUCUUGAGGCGCCAACUGCCUUUUCCUCUUCAUCCAAGUCUCCUACACUUCUCGCACAUAUCCUCACAUAUCUAAACACAUACAAAGCAUCAUUCGCGAAACCGAUCGACUCUCGAUAUGAUAUUGUGUUGCUAGGUGGAGCUCUUGGGAGUUUAUUCUCCCUUCUCCAAGCUCUCGCGUCCCCUAUAAUCGGUACUCUCUCAGAUAAAUAUGGUCGUCGCACAGCGCUCCUCGCCAGCAUGACUGGCAACAUCCUCAGUGUCCUCCUCUGGGUAUGCGCCACCGAUUUCCGUACCUUUCUCCUCUCGCGCGUCGUUGGCGGACUCUCAGAAGGCAAUGUUCAACUCGCAAUUGCAAUCGCCACAGAUAUAUCAGAUGAGAAACAGCGUGGUGCAACAAUGGCUUUGGUGGGAAUAUGCUUUAGCAUAAGCUUUACUUUUGGACCUGCAUUGGGUGCUUGGCUCAGUACAAUUAGUACUGUACAGGCAAAUCCUUUUGCUACUGCGGCUGGGUUCUCUCUAUUUUUGAUUGUGACAGAAACCAUUUAUUUGUAUAUGUGUUUGCCAGAGACAUUACCUAGUAAGGUUGCGCAGGCCAAGUUGAAUGGGGAGCCGGCUGCUACAAAUGGGGUUACCAAGGCAGCCGGUUCUUCGACUGAGAAGACGCAAGCUAAGAUGGUAUCCUCGAGUACUGAUGGGGUGAAGAAGCAGGGAAGAACAAAUUCCCACUUCCUACUCAACCUUACUCAUCUUUCUUUCAUUCUGUUCUUCUCCGGCAUGGAAUUUUCCCUUCCUUUCAUGACAUACGACCUUUUUGGCUAUACGUCCGCACUAAAUGGUCGUCUCUUAGGAUAUAUGGGACUUGUAGCAUCUCUUCUUCAAGGAGGAGUAACCCGACGUCUUCCGCCUCUUCUUUCUGUUCGCAUAGGCGUAGUCUCGUGUCUCGGCGCGCUAUUCCUCCUCGCCCGCAUCAAAACCGUUGCAGGUCUCUAUCUAGCCACUACUCUCUUAGCCGUCACAACUGCAACAGUUGUCACGGGUCUCAAUGCACUUAGUUCAUUCGAAGCAGGCGAGGAUGAAAGGGGUGGAAAAUUGGGAAACCUAAGAAGUUGGGGACAGCUUGGAAGAGGGCUAGGACCAUUAUUAUUCACAAGUGUCUAUUGGUGGGCGGGAAGAGAAGUGGCAUAUAGUAUUGGAGGUGUGGGUCUCAUGGGAGUGGCAUUAUUGGUUACUUUUGGAUUAGAGACUCCGGGAGGAGAGAAAGGAAAGAAGAUUGGGGAUGUUAAAGGGGAAGUGGGAGAGUUGUAGAUCGGGGCAUAGUCUCGAUAUUUGACAUUGUGUUUUUGUAAGAGUUUUGGUUAUACAUUUGAUGAGCUUUUGCCUGAGACUCGUUUCGGCAAAUUCGUCUUUUUCGACUCGAAGGACAUAUACUCGAUUUUGGGCUGCUACGAAUCAUCAAGUAUAUCCAGGUUUGGGCAAUUGAAGGGAGAAGGGGACGGAGAUGUAGAUUAGAGAUAUCCUUUGGUGCAUUGUAUUUGUAUUGAAUUGUUUGCAAGCUUCGAAGAGAAUGAAAGAUUGGAAAUGUUUUCCAAUGGAUGUGCUGAUAAACUAUUAAUUAAACAAGUAAGAGAGGACAGGAGCAAAGAACGAGGAAAGGUAUUGGGCGAAUAUUCCUUUUAUAGGGUAAAUUAGCUAUACAAAUAUAUGUAUGUUACAUCAUAUCACAAGAUCCAGAAUUAAGUUAUUAAACAACUCAA